AUGUCCCCAGAAAGGACACUACUUUCACCAGACGAAGCAAGCAGCGACGGCACCACUGAUCAGCUAAUUGCGGACGAGGAGUCGCUCGAGGCGACGGACCUGCUGGUGGAAACCGUUGGUGGCGGAAGCAGCAGCAACGCCAGCAACACCAGCACAAACACCAGCAGCACCGACACCAUAAUCGGUGACCACGUAACCAUCGAGACGUCCUCACCGAUUGCUAGUCCUGCGCGUGAUCCUGUUGCCGCGUCACCGCCAUCCCAUCACGCCCGUGUUGUCGAAAGCUCCAUGACCGAGGGCCCAGACCGGGCAUCGACAACUCCGACCAGUGGCACGGAUUACAAACCGAACGGCUCGAGUAUGGUGCUGUCGGCAAUGCCACCGGAUCAGCCCAUCCUGCAGCAGCACAUUCUGCACCUGCCAGCACCGCCACCGGCCCAGCACGGUGUUGUGAACCAUUCGCUCAACAACAACAACACGAGCUUUAAAAAUCACAACAGCAGCACCAGCAGCAGCAACGGCAACACUGCUGGUGGUUCGGCGAAAAACAUCCUUCUCGGUAGCGCCAGCUCCAGCAGCAACGGCCACCAGGUGGUGCAUCAACACCUGCCCCAUCACACGUACACCAUCAGCCUCGGUAAUCACGGUGCGGCUGGUAACGGCAACCACUACCAAACAGUUGCCACGGCAACGGCAACCAACGGCAGUGUUGCCAAUGGUACAAUCGGUGGCGGUAGCAGCAGCAACAACGCUGGCAGCAGCAACAGCAAUAUGGCGUCUGCUGUGGGUGUAGGAGCGCUCGCUCUGGUGACCGGAAGCUCUCCUGCUGGUGCGACCGUGUCCUCGCCAUCUUCACCGAUCGUGCCGGGUUUGGGUGCUGGCAGCACUGCUAAUGCUACUGGGCCAGCCGGUAUGGUCGUUGUUACAGAUCGUAAUGGAAUCAGUGUCGGUGGUACGGCGCCCACCACGGGAAAGCUCGUCCUGCUGCACCAGGGCCGUCCUGGUGAGGAUUACAUAACGACGACGGGUGAAACAAUAAACGGCGUCGGAAACAUAGUGCUGCUGGCAACGGAACAGAUGGACAUGGCGGAGCAUGAUAUCAUCAACAACAACGUCAUCAUCAGCACGGCAGCCGGUGGUGGUGCGACGCGAACCGUCAGCAUGUCCGCACACCAGCAUCCUUCUUCCCAUCACGGAGGUUCCGCUGCCGGUGCUGCAGCAGCUGCCGGCGCUUCUCCGACAUCCGGAAACGCCAACGGUUCGGUGGCGAAUGGUGACGAGGAAUUAACCUCACUUUCCUGGCUGCAGGAUAAAAACCUCCUAAAAGGAAUCAACCUUUCCAAAGUACCAGUGUCAUCCCCGGACAGUCCGAGACAGAUAAGCGGCACCGUUAGUGGUGUCACUGGCGGUCGCCACUCGCCGGCCAGCGAUUUCGUAGAGGAUUCAUCGAGCAUUUCGGAGGACAACAACUCAUCGAUUCACUCGUCCUCGGAGCAAAGCUCCGGAGGAGCGUAUUCGAACGAUCCUGCGGAGCGGAGAACGCCAUCCCAGCACCUGUACCAGCAUGGUCCAUCCUCGAAGGCAAUCACCACCCUCAAUGGGGACACCAUCAUCGGGAUACCGAUCAUUGCAGUGAACCAGCAUCACCAUACGCAAUAUCCGCUCGCUGGAAGCAAUGGCACUCUGCAGCAGCAGGUCGUCCUGGACGGAAGCAAAGCAAUGAAAGUGUCCGUCAUACCGAAUCCUGCUGUGACGGCGACACCGUAUGUCGUCACGACUGGUGCGAAUGUCUCGUCGCCGGUUAGUUCAACCAUUGGCCCGAUUGCGGCAUCAACACCGGUGAGCAGCAACGCAAGCUCCACCACUUCAAGCAACAGUAGUACAAGUAGCAGCAACAGUAACACCACUCCACAUCAACACUUCCACAAGAAGUACCUACGAGAGGAGCUCGUGAAACAGCAGCAGCAGCAACAACAGCAACAGCAGCAGCAACAGCAACAGCAGCAACCAAAUACCAAACCAAUCGGAGACACUAUGACGUUGAUGUCGUCUAAUGGUGGACCUGCCAACAGUAACAUCUUUGUUACUCCAAUGAAACAACAAUCCAGCAAUAGUGUUAAGUACGACGAUGGAACAGAUGUUGUGGAUGAGCGCAGCUAUCCUCCGCCAGCGGCACCGAUCAAGAAUGGGUGCAGCAGUUACGGCGGAAGUAGUACCAUGAGCUCACCGAACGUAAGCGGUGAGGAAUACGGCAAUGUCACCGUGUACGGUGGGCUGAACAUGAUCAAGCAGUCACCGGCGCCUUCACCGACCAUGCUGUCACCGGCACACAAUGGCAGCGUCAGCAACGGUUUAAUCAUUCAGCACCAUCCGAACCAGUACCAGCAACCGGCACAUCAGCAGCCGAUUGCUACGCCUCCACCGCCGCAUUCGCAGCCUCCACCAGCGUGCUCGUCCACGCCGCACUCGAUGCCGGCAUCACCGCAGGGUUCAACCUCCGCCAGUCCGUCGAAGUUGGCACCACCGAAGGCUAAGCAUCCGACCAACGUGCCAUACGAUCCAUUGGUUCACGUCAACAACAAGCCACCGUUCAGCUUUAGCUCCCUAAUAUUUAUGGCCAUCGAAAACUCGCAGCAGAAGGCGCUACCGGUGAAGGAGAUCUACGCGUGGAUAGUGCAUCAGUUUCCGUACUUCAAAACGGCUCCGACCGGCUGGAAGAACAGCGUGCGCCACAAUCUGUCGCUGAACAAGUGCUUCCAAAAGGUGGAAAAGGCUGCGAAUCUCGGAAAAGGCUCACUGUGGAUGGUUGAACCACAAUUCCGACCAAACCUCCUGCAAGCCUUGACGCGCUCACCGUUUCACGCCGGUUCUGGUCUGGACAAGGCGACGUACAAGAGCAUGCAGCAGCAGCGCUCGACCAAUGCGAGCCCUACCAGCAAUGGGUCUCACUAUUCCAAGCAGGAUAACUUUCCACAGCUCACCAGCCGGUUAGCGCCGACGGACGCACAAAACGGUCUGAUGCACCACGACGACCUGGACGACAUCAGCCGUUCCUCCACACCGAUCGACUAUGACGGUGGCAAUGGUGAUCUACCCGUCGGUGGUGCACACCACAACAAUCAUUACCAGUCGCAGCAUCACAUACAACGUGAACAGCAUCAGCACCUGCACCAUCAGUCACCGUCUGCGGGUGUGCAUCCUCACGGCCACCAGCAGUUAAUCGCGGUUGCUGGUGGUGCGUAUCUGCACAACAGGCAGGACACGCCGGAACAGUCGAUCGGUGCCGGGGGAUCGGCACCAGCUGCUGCUGCGUACCUUUCGAGUGUUGAUGGAACCACAAUCGUGUCCUGUCCGAGUGGAUUGGUGUACAUGAACAGUGCGGGACUUAGCGCGCUGCCGAAGGAUAUGGUGGCUGGACGUGAAUGGAGUGCCGAUACGAUCGAGGACGUGAACGCGGCGACAGCAAUGUUGGCCCUCAAGCACGGACCGAAGAUUUUCACCGAGAGCUCGUUCCGGAAUGGUAAUCCUCCCAUUAUUACUACCUCGCCGAGUGAGGAUCACACGUACUCUGCUGGCGGUGUUGGCGUGCCGGAAGCAGCAAGCAACGGAUUGCCCGUCAAUGGUUCGACAACCGCUGCCGUGCCCAAUGGUUACAGCUGUUGUUCCUCGUCCGACGAGCGGUACGAGCAAAGUCGUACCGUGCAUGAGCCACAGCACCACAUAGCCAAUCAUCAACAUCCUCAUCAUCACCAUCAACCUCAACAACAGCAGCCGCAGCAACAGCCACACCAUCAUCAUGCGAUUCGGCACAGUGAUACUAUCAGCAACGGAGCGUCCUCCGAUGCUACCUACGAGAGCAGCGAAGAAAGUCAUCCACCACACGCUGCAUCUGCCGAUGACGUAGAAGAGCGGCGUCGGCAGGAGGGCGUCUACGCCUUGCUCAACCUCGCCCUAAUGACCUACUCACCUUCACCGUCCUCGUCAAUGUCCUCUUCGACGUCAACUCUGUCCUCGCCAGCGUCAUCGACAGGCUCGUUGAAGCGUUCAGCCCCAGGUGAUUCCUACACUGCGGGGCACAACAGCUAUCGGCAGCUGGCAUCACCGGACCGGGCCCGGACCGCUUCGCCUCAGAUACAGCAUCACCAUCACCUGCACCACCACCAACCGAACGCGCAUCUGCACGGCGAACCGACUCCGAACGGUGCCGGAACUGUGCUGCAAACGAUGGGCAUCACGUCGUACUAUGGUGGAGGCAGUGGCAGCAGUAGCAGCAGUAGUGGCGAUCUUUCGCGCCAGUACGCUUCUCCACCACCGGCAAAGAAAACCAAACCACGCUCGUCGCUAAAGAAGCUAAAGAAAAAAUCGCUCGGUCGGUAA